UCGUCCAUUAUGUGCCCUUUUGAAAUCCCCGCAUUCAAAACUUAUCAUUUCCAGUGCGCUUUGUCUUUGGACUAGUCGUCGUUGUCCUGCGCAUGACCGGAAACAGCUGUUUAGCUGUCAAAUGGUCGUGCACUGCACAUCGUGUGGUUUGUUAAUGGGCAUCAAAACAAAGGUGUAUGUAAAUAUUCUAUACGAAAACCAACAUGCCCUGAGGUACUUGGGGCAAUAUUUCGAAGAAAAACUCGACCCCAGUCAACUCAGUGUGGAUUUAUACAAUGGCACUUGUGUCUUGAAAGACAUCCGUCUGGACGUUGAGGCCCUGAACGAGUUAUCCGAGAAACAAAACUGGCCUCUGGAAUUCGUCGACGGUUCCAUUGAAAAUCUCUUCAUAUCAGUACCAUGGAGUUCUCUUUUGAAAGAAUCAAGUACCAUCGAAGUUACUUCCUUAAGGAUCACGAUGCAACCAAAACAACGAUACGAAUCCGAGAUUAUUACAGCAACUUCAAUGUUCGAAUCGAUGUGGACGUCAAUGACCAGUUCGCUACAUUUAGCCGAAGAAUGCGCUAAACAGGGGUUUGCAAAUUCACCGAAUAGUGCACAAACGUAUGAGGGACUGGAAGUUUUUGCUCAAACGAUUGAUUCAAUUUUGAGUAGGAUAAAAGUAACUUUUAUUAACUCAGUUUUUCAACUCGAACAUCUUCCUAAAGGUAGUCCAAUGGGUGUAGGAGUUGUUAUCAAUGUAGAUUUAAUUAUGUACGCCGACGAAUCGUCUAAUGAUCCUCCUAAAGAGGAGGCCACAGAUCUUACAAAACAAGACGAUAAAAAGGCAUACCUUGAACAGUCGUACACAGCUCGGCUAACUCGAUUAGAGGGUAUUUCAAUAUCUACUGUAGAAUUCUCAAGUAAUGCUCGAACAGUCUCACAAAGUGUAAUAUCAGAGUCAAAUUAUUACGAUAAGGACGAUUCUUUUGCCACUAUCAUCGAAGGUGAUAGUGAAAAAUGCUCCAAAUCAAGUAACCAAGAUCAAUACAGCUCGAGCGACGAACGUAACGUCAUCAUGUUUGGCAAAUUCGGUGGAAAAGUCGAGGUCGUGGUGCGUCUGAAACGAACCGAAGAUUUGGAAGGACCGAAAGUCUCAAUCGAAAUGGAUACGGGUCCUUUACUACUAUUUCUCUCUCCAAGACAAUUACAUUUACUUAUUGAACUUGUUAAAGGGUUAUUAAGUCCUGAUACGGAGGAUCACAGUAAUAUACUUUCGACGAAAUUUGUGGGAAAACCUAUGUCUAGUGCUGACUAUGAACGGAUCGAAAAGGACCUCCAGCAGCAAUUGACCCAUCCAGGUCCGAGUUUUCCGAUACAUGGAGUUCCAGGCGGCCACGGAUGGGCAACUGGAGCUUUAGACGGUAGCGAUAUUGAAGAUAAUUUCAUGCCUUUGGGGAAAUACUCCGGGGCGUUGUAUGAGAGUGCCAUGUCCGGAGCGAGUAUGGAAUCGAGUAUGAGCUCCAGUAUGAUAAGUUCUUACACUGAUGUCACAAAUCGGGCAAGGAAAAAAUUGAAUAAAAUUGAUACAGACCCAACGGCGGAAAUCUCUCGUUUUGAGAUUCACUUGUCAUCGCUGGCCGUUCUUUUGUUACACGAAGACUUACUAACAGAAUCCUUGGGUGCAAAAUGUAGUUUGGUGGCGUCUAGUGUGAAACAAAUGCAAGAUACUGUUGCAAAAUUUUUCACGAAUUCAGUAUCAGUGUUUUCGGCUAAGGAUUUUAACAGUUUGAAUGUAGCACUAGAUCACGCGUGUCAGUUGAAUCAUUUAAGAUUAUUAGCUUCACCGUUGCAUCUAGAAGGCGACGAGAAAACAACAAGUUCGGCUUUUUCAGUUACUGGUUACCUUGAAGCUACCAAUUUAGAACUGAGUGAAUGUCUUUUUCAAUCAAAUAAUGAUAAUGUAGAGCACGUACCUUUAAUUACGUUUAGUGAUGUUAAACCGAAUCAGUUCGGGAGUCCUGUCACUGCCAAACCUAGCCUUAAGUUGAUGUUUAAGUAUUUAGUGAAGACGACAAAAAACAGCCUGACUAAAGGAGGACCUAAGACCGAGUUUAUGCUUUCACUGCAUAAAUGUGUCUUAGAGUUAGACGUGACUCUAAUUGAUCGAAUUUCGGCACUGUUGAACCCUCAACCCAUUUGUGUGGUGGCUAAACCCACAAACCCAUGGACAAAUAAUGUGACUACUCAUUUGAUGAACGAUAGUAAUGAGACCAAGUUCGACAUUAGGGUGAAUUCACCUUUAAUGACUGUCAAACUUAGGUUUCCCAUACCGGAUUUUCGGCCUCCACAUGACAUGAAUAAAACUCCGUGGUGGAAGAGACAUGUUCGGGCUGAUUUUUUGUCUCUAGUUUUGACAGGAGCAUCCUUUCAGACAAGUUUUCAGGCUAAUCAGACCGUCCAGGAUUACACGUUGGAGUGCAGAAGUUUGAAUAUCUUCUAUCAAGAAGAUGCCAAUGGUGAUGUACUUCCAGUAGGGAAGGCGGGGUAUGAGGAUAAGCCGAUGACGUCUCUACAGGAUGUGAUAACCGAAUGCAAGUUGAACAUAAAAGUCUUCCCCGCCAAACGCCUCAGUUUGGAAGAGCCGUCCCAAACGAUCCAAGAACCAAUUUCCACUUCCAUCGUUGGUUUUUUGGAAAAUCGCAAACCCAACGGUCCUUUUAGCGCCAAAAGAGUGAUCCACGAGAGUGACACCCCACACCACAAGUACCAGUCAGAUGAUUCUAAAGAAUUGCUAGUCCCAGGUGACAAAUCCGAAAUAAACGAAUUUAUUAAGAGCACGACCUUAUCGGCAAGAGUUCGAAUCGACAUUUCUUUGCCGAUUGUUUCGAUGCAGUUGAUUUCGAAACGUUUAUACGAAACGAUCUACAAUCGAAUCAACAAUGAUUUGUUACUAUGGGAACCCAGUGCUCCUAAACCUAAACCUACUAGGCCCGCUUAUGAUAAUAUCAAUUACGGCCCGUUCGGAAAUAUCGAAAUGGAGGGACAAGAGGUGUUUACGCUUUGUAAGAGUGGAAUCCAAUACGAUUCAGAAAGUGAAACUGAUGAUGAAAACGAAGAAGACACAAACAUUUUUUAUUCAACUUAUGGCUCAAAAAUGAAAAUAUCUCAAAAACAAAUUGUCAGCGAAUCAAAAGAGGAGAGUUACUUAACCAUGAAUUUACAGAUUGGUCGUGGUUUACUUUGUAUGUGCACACCUGUGCGUGACGCUACCAAUAAUCACGUAAUACCCAACCAACAAGGUGAAUUUUUGAUAAACGUGGAAGACGCGACAAUUUUCUUAGUUAACGGUUAUAUGGGUGACCCUAAUUUAGGUUUCACUUGUCUAGAAUUACACAAUGCUCAACUUUACCACUGUGAUAUGAUUUCCACACCGAGUCACAGCCCACCAUUAAAAGAUAUUGGUGCGACUCCUGGCAAACACCUGCAUCCCACGAUUUACAGCUCAGAACCUGGAAUGUUGGCUAAUGGCAGAGACAGAGGAGGUAAUCGCGAGAUGGUCACACUUUGUGUCAAAAUCCAAGCUAGUCAUGAAACUCACCACGUCAAGAAUGUAUCGAUCGCUGCUGGAUUUAAUAAAGUUACUCUGAGGCAUCGAAUGUGUAAUGAACCUAAUAGUUGGGUAUCACAAUUAACUGAUUUUUUUAACGUAACUGACUAUCCGAUUCCUGGUUAUCACGCUAAAGAGAUUUUAACAGAGUUAUUUCUUCAUUUUUGGGAUUCUGCAAUUGAUUAUCGACCUAAAUAUUUGCCGUUAAGGUCGGCGAUAACGUUGGGGAAUUUUAGUAUUUCGUCGCACUUGAGUGCAGAGGUUAAUACUUCCACCUUGAGGUUUAUAGCGGAGGAGUGCGGGUUGUUUUUGAGUCAAAAAGGGGUAAAGAAAACUGUUUUACCAUACACGGGACCAGUGGACCUUAAAAGGGAUUAUGUCAAUGUUAUCGACCUAGGUUUGUUUGAAAUCAGUCUAAAAACAUCAGAUAAGAAAAAUUUCGAUACACCACAUUUUGAUUUGCGGGCGUCUAAUAACAUUAUACACAUCCGUACCUGUGCCGACAGUGCACGCGCUUUAACCCAACUCAUCAAAUAUCUGGCGAAUUACGGCGAUUUGGUACUGCCUGAUGACAGUACGUCGAACGGAAGUACUUUCUCGAGCCCUCGACAUUUACCCGAACACGAAUUAGUUUCGGUUGAGCCUCAAGAAAUCACAAAUUUGUCCGAAAGUCAGCACCAACAAAUUCACGAUCUCAUACAAGACGCUUUGGAAGACGUCGACCAAAACACCCAAAAUCAAGUUAAAUCUGAUUUGUACACUUACAACGGCACAAAAAUGUUCUAUUUUCCCGAUGAGAAAAAUCCACAAGAUUCGGGAAAACCCCUACCUCAAGUAACUACCGAACUGGGACAAUUGCCCUUCCAACCGAACACCAUCGAGUCUGAUGACGAGUUUUGUUUUAUUGAUGAAGAGCCGGGUUAUAAUAUUUUUCCUAAGAAUGGCAUACCGGAAAUAAAAUGGCUGACGGACGAUCCUGUUCGAAUUGUGGAUAAUCAUUUUGCCGUUCCGAGCGAAAAGUGUGACCCACUUAAAACACCGAAGAAUUUUCCAACUCCAACGCGAAAAUACACUCUUUGUGAAAUGAGUAUCGUUUGGCAUAUGUAUGGUGGCAAUGAUUUCGGUCCAGUUGACAAAGAGAAGAAGAAAACUGUUAAUUUUUCUGAUUUGAAAAUCAAAGAUAGUGUCAGUUUUUCAACUUUACAGAAAGAUAAAGUCGUGAUUGAGAGUGAGAAGAUUAGGAAAAAGUCGUGGUUGACUAAAGGAGGCCCUAACCGAGAUCAUAACAUCUUAAUGGAGUUACAGUUGAAUAAGAUCAGAUUUCAACAUGAAGUGUAUCCAGACUCGUCUUCGAAAGCGUCAAGACAGGUAUUGAUUAUUUCAGAAAUUGAAAUGAGAGACAGACUUAAAAGUAGCCAAAUGAAUAAAUUCUUGUACCAGUACAUAAGUCAGGUUCGACCGAAACAAUCCAACGCCAAUAUGCUUGUGAUAAAAACACUCCACAUACGCCCAGAUCCGCAGUUGCGAAGCCAGGAAUGUUGUCUCAAAGUGUCAGUUUUGCCGCUUCGUUUUAAUAUUGAUCAGGAUGCUUUGCAAUUUCUCAUUUCAUUUUUUACUGAAUUGGGUAGUGAUAUGAAAGAUGACGAGCUGCAAGUCAACUCAAAACACAGUACUCCAGUACAUCAGCCGCCUGUGAUGACUGUAGGUGAAGACAAUGACGAGAAGUUAAAAGAAGAGGCGAAGAAGAUCGUUGAUGAGAAUCUCCUUAUUUUAUUAGAAGAGAAUAAAAAUGAAGAAAAACCCACAGAAGAGUCUCAAAUCUCAUCAAGUAGCGGAUCUGAGGAUAGUCCUGUCUACUUUAGGAAAGUAAUCUUUUCACCAGAUGUGCCUAUAAGACUAGAUUAUCACGGUAAACAUUUCGAUUUGAGAACUCACGGUCCGCUCCAAGGACUCUUGAUGGGUCUGGCUCAAUUAAAUUGUUCAGAACUUAGGUUAAAGAGGAUUUCGCACAGACACGGAUUGCUAGGGUUUGAAAAGUUGAUGAUGUUCUUGAUUAAGGAGUGGGUCAAUGACAUUAAAAAGAAUCAAAUUCCUAGUCUUUUAGUGGGUGUAGGGCCGAUGUAUUCGUUUGUGCAGCUAUUUCAGGGAAUCAGAGAUUUGUUUUGCUUGCCGUUCGAGCAAUACAAGAAAGAUGGUCGCUUUUUCCGAGGCCUUCAUCGCGGUGCUAAUAGUUUUACUACUUCGACGGCAAUGGCAGCUUUGGAGCUUACGACACGGCUUAUUCAAUUGAUUCAAAUUACUGCAGAAACGGCUUUUGAUAUGUUAACACCUGGCCCCAGCGUAAAAGUUCAUCCGAAGACGAAAGUGCGGCGAAAGCGGUAUAGCCAACCUAAGGAUAUAAGAGAGGGGGUGACUAAUGCCUAUAAGCUAGUUAAAGAAGGAAUUGAGGAAACUGCCGAUAAUAUACUGCAAGUGGCUUCACACGAGCACGAACAAAAAGGUUACAGUGGCGCUGUCGGGGGCGUUAUACGCCAAAUACCUCCGACUAUUAUUAAACCAAUUAUUAUAGCUUCUGAAGCUACUAACAAUGUUUUGGGUGGUAUGCGAUGUCAGUUGGUACCAGACGCAAGAAAGGAAGCAAAUGAAAAAUGGCGUAACGAAGAUACCUACGAUUCUUACGAGUGAUAACAAAAGACUGUUGUUUGUGAUUUUAAAUUAACAAUAUAGAUAAUUUCGUUUAAGGUUGAAUUGAGUUUGUUAUUUAAAGUGAUUAGAGAUUUUUUACGUAGUUAUGUUAUCUAAUCAAAUAUUCAGUGUCCAUAUAACGCCAUUUUGGUAUGACUUAACCUGAGAUGAAUACUGAAUGAUAAAAACGGGACAAUAUAUUUUCGUACGUUGAGCAAAAUUCCGAUGUUGUUCUCAAGUGAUAUUCUAAUAAUCCGUACAAUUACAGCAAAUGAUUUCAUUUGUACCGGUUAUUUAUUUUUUACGUUGUGUGUUCAUACAGAUUUUUAUACAUUCGGAAACGCAAAUGAGAAGAAAUGGAUGGAGAUUUACCAUUUUGUGAUAGGAUUAUUGUAUCUAAAUAAUUUUUCAUGUAUGCAAUAUGAAUAAAUUUUUAUACUUCUCAAAA